AUGUCCUUGCCAACCCCAUCUCGCUCCCUCCUCCGCGGGUCCGCAAUCCUCAUAAUCUGGGGCCGUCAAUCAAACCUCAGCAUUCCCGACGAACGCGCGCUCAACGAUUGGUGGACAAACGAACACCUCCCCGAACGGCUGGCGAUCCCAGGCUUUCACCGCACGCGACGAUACUACCACACCUCGAAGGACAGCUCUGACGAUCAAGCCGAGACGACGGCGAUCUCACACUCGUACUCGCACUACAUGGUGGUUUACGAAGUUUCGUCCCUCUCCACGCUCACGUCUCCACCGUACAUGCACGCGCUCAACAAUCCCACGGCCGGGACCCAGAAGUUUAUGCCCGUGCUCGCGAGCAUGAACCGCUCGGCGUGUAAUGUCCUGCUUUCCGUUUCGCGGGCCGAGUUCUCGCAGUGUCAGCGCGGCGGAGUCGGAGGCACGCUCGCGCACGUAGUGUUCCAGGCCCCGCAGUCGUCCGAGGCGCGAGAAGCGCUGAGGACAUACCUCGCUACGGAGGCUUGGGAGCUGAUACUCGGGUUCUUCCCCAGUGUUCUGGCGAUGCAUCUCCUUGAGCACGAUGAGGAGGCAUCCCGGAGUGGGAAUUCGACCAAGUCGUACGACAAUGUCAAUUUCCAGACUGCCAUUGCUGGUGGUGGUGGCGGCGCGGAUGAGCAAGGGCCGAAGUGGAUGCUGCUGGUCGAGUUUACUGAUCCGUUUGGCGCGCCCUUUGCGAGCUACAAGGAGAAGUGUAGAGGCUUUAGCGAGGGUUUGAGUGCACACGGCGUUGAUUUGUCGACGUUGAAGGAGGAGAUUUACGGGCUGGUUGUUGCGAUGGAAGAGUGA